CUGAGCUCGGAAGGGGAUGCAAUGAAGGAAGUUGCACAUCUCUGAGCCACAGAAGCUGCUCCCUUUCUGCCCCCUCUCUUUAGAGCUGGCUGGGGGCUGGGGUAAGCAGCUUUUAUUGCAGGCUUUGUUUCUUCCCAGUCUUAAUUUAAACUGCUUCUUCCUGCCCCAAAAGAGCAAGUGUUGCUUAAAGCGCCUGCACCGCCGUCAGAACGCUCCCGUCUGCAGCAGUUUACAAACGUGGCAGCUCCUUUGAUCGUCUGAGCUCGCUUCUGAAGCCGGGGACUGUUUGAUGCUGUAGGAAGAGGUUGGUUUUCUUCUUUGGGGGAUUGAGGAUCCUGAGAGGCGUUAACUGGAAAAUCACCUCCCGCGCGCUGGAGCUUUUCCAUAUGGAACAGGCUCUGUCGGGGAUUGAAACGCAAACACUGGGGGAGGUGUCCUGUGGGAAAGCACCAUGGCUGUGCUGCUGGGGCUGCUGCUGGCCCUGCUGGGCUGCACCACGGCGCUGGAUCCCGCCCUGGAUGAGGCCUGGGAAGGGUGGAAGAGCCUCCAUGGCAAGGAGUACCCAAGGGAGGCUGAGCCCAUCCGCAGGGAGGUCUGGGAGAAGAACCUGCGCCGCAUCCAGCAGCACAACUGGGAGCAGUCGCAGGGGCAGCACGGCUUCCGCCUGGCCAUGAACCACCACGGGGACCUGACAGAGGAGGAGUUUAACCAGCUCCUGAACGGCUUCACCCCAGCAUGGCCGGAGGAGCCAGCGCUGCUCUUCCAGCCAUCAAAGACCCUGAAGCCCCUGCUGGAGGUGGACUGGAGGGCAAAGGGCUACGUGACACCCGUGAAGAACCAGGGGCACUGCGGGUCCUGCUGGGCCUUCAGCGCCACGGGGGCCUUGGAGGGGCUCGUCUUCAACCGCACGGGGAAGCUGGUGGCGCUGAGCGAGCAGAACCUCAUCGACUGCUCCCGGCCGCUGGGCAACGCCGGCUGCCGCGGCGGGUACAUGACCCGCGCCUUCCAGUACGUGCGCGACAACGGCGGCUUGAACUCGGAGCGCGUCUACCCCUACACGGGCACGGACACCUCCGGCUGCCGGUACAGCCCCCGGGACAGGGCCGCCGCCUGCUCCGGCCUGCGCAUGGUGGCCCAGGGCAAUGAGGCGGCGCUGGAGCAGGCGGUGGCCACCGUGGGCCCCGUGUCGGUGGCGGUGGACGCCAGCGGCUUCCAGUUCCACUUCUACAAGUCCGGCAUCUUCAGCAGCGCGCUCUGCAGCCAGCAGGUGAACCACGGGAUGCUGGCCGUGGGCUACGGCACGAGCCAGGACCGCGGCCACAACGUGAGCUACUGGAUCUUAAAGAACAGCUGGUCGGAGCUCUGGGGUGAGCAGGGCUACAUCCGCCUGCUGAAGGGCGCCCACAACCAGUGCGGGGUGGCCGCACAGGCCAGCUUCCCGGUGCCGUGAGCGGC